UAUCAGAUUAUCAGUUAUCAGUUGUCUAACUUGAAGGUUAUAAGCAGAACUAUAUUUAAAAAACUAUAUUUAAAAAGUCGUGUUAAAAAACAUUAAGAGUUUAUUUAGUAUGAAUCUGCAUUUUAAUAUGCUAACUAAAUUUCUAUUAUUAAAUUUUAUAAUAUCAUUCUUUUACGUCUGUCAUGCAAACUUUUUGAAAAACUGCAACUAUAUAUAUGAAGUGAACAGCAAAGUCACAGUGACAACUAGCUAUGUCAACAACACAAGCUACUGGAAUACUUAUCAGAACAUUAGAUCAGCACUUGAAGAUGUAUCUCUGUUUAAAAAAAACGGAACAUGUAUCUUAUUACAGGAAAAUCAAGUACUACCUUCUAAUCAGAUGUUAACUUUUCUUUAUGGGUUCUCAAUCAUUGGGGCUAAGAGUAAUAUUUCGAUUUCUUGUCUUGGAGACGCAGGAUUUUAUUUUUAUAAAUCUGAAAAUAUUUCUUUCCGAAAUUUAAUUUUAAAAGAAUGCGGGUGUCGAGCGCAAAACAUAUGGUUAGAAGGGGGAAAAAAUACUAAGCAAACUGUGUCGUCAGCGAUAUUUUUGUUAAAUAUACGCAACAUAAGUAUAGUUAAUGUUACGAUUUUUAACAGUGUUGGUUUUUCAAUGGUGCUAAUCAAUGUUUCUGGGACAGUAUCUCUUUAUCGAUUUACGGUCCAAAACAAUACUAAAAUAUUUAACUCAGAAACAAAUUUUUAUUCAGGAGGCGGCGUUUUAAUUUACCAGAAACCUUCGUACACAAAAUUGAAAGCGUUUAUUUAUAUAAAAAAAUGCAGUUUUUAUUUAAACAAAAAUGAGCGUCAACGUUACGGAUUUUUAAAUGAAGAUAUGUUAUACAGUGUUGGAGCCGGACUGAUUGUAUUCUUUGGAGAUUCUGCGGAAAACAAUACACUUUUAAUAAGCAACUCUGAAUUUAUAAAAAAUGAAGGGUUAUAUGGAGGAGGUUUGCUGAUUUGCUUUUUAAAAAACUCAAAAAAUAAUAAAGUGUUUAUUUUAAAUUCAACCUUUAUUCAAAACAAAGCAAAAUUACAAGGAGGAGGACUACUAACAUACUCUCAGACUGUGUUUACAAACUUUGUAAAAAUUUUUGGUUGUAGUUUUUUUGAAAAUGCUGCAACGUUUGGAGGUGCUUUGAGUCAUUACAGUGAAAAGAAAGUUGUUGACUCCUUUAUUCAAAACAGCGAGAAUAAGCCUGCAGAGUUUUUUAGUAUUUUUAGCGAGAAAAAAACAAUGAGAAUCAUUAUCAAUAACUGUACUAUUUCAAAAAAUUAUGGAGAGAUAGGGGUAGGUAUUUAUGCUGAAGAUGUUUUUCUUCAGCUCUCUUCCAUAAUUCUUUCCAACAGCUCCAUUCCGUGGAGUAAUCCACUUGUUACUGGCCAAGGUGCUUUAUUUUCCUACCAUAGCAAAGUUGAACUUAGAGAUAAAAAUAUUUUUACCUCAAAUAAUAUUACCGCUAUAAUAUUGGAUAUUUCAAAAACUAUCGUUGAAGGAAACAUGGAAAUUUCGAAUAAUUCUGGGUUUGAAGGUGGAGCAAUAGCUAUGUACCAGUAUUCAUCUCUAGAUAUUCGCAAAGACACAACUAUAUCUUUCUUAAACAAUUGGGCAUUAUCCUUUGGAGGAGCUGUUUUUGUAAAAUCCGAAACACAGUAUAAUUUAGAAUUAGAAAAUGAUUUAAAAAAUACAUGUUUUAUGAAAAUCAACCAAAGCUCACUAGUGACUUUUAAUAACAAUACAUCUCAACUAGAAGGAAAAAAUGAUAUUUUUACAUCUACCUUUGCUGAUUGUAAUAAAAAUCAUAAUGAGACAGUAUUAGCGCAUUAUUUUAACACAAAAAGUUUAGCAAGCAAUCCCACACGAAUAGAAAUAAAAAAUGAAGAAUGGAAUAAUGUGUAUCCGGGAAAGUUACUUGAACCUAAUAUUUACCUUUUUGAUGAGCUUAACAAUAGUGUAACUGGUUAUAUCAAAAUCAUUUUUAAUAACAAAGUAGUAUAUUGGGGUCUUAACUCUAAUAUUUUUUUUUCUGUUAAAGGAAACAACAGCACACCAUAUAAUGUUUCAAUUCAAUCGGGAAACGUUACCAUAAAUACUAAAGUCGAGCUGAUUAACUGUCCAUUUGCUUACUCCAGAGAAAAUGACGUUUGUUUUUGUAGCCAGAAACAAAACAUUCCGAAUGGAUUGUUUUGCAACUCCAACGGAAGUAUAUCAAUAUCUUGCGGAUUUUACACUAACUUAACUGGGACUGGUAAAGAGACUACUCAAAAGUGCCCAUGUGGGUAUUGCAAGUUAUGUGAUGCCGAAAAAAACGUUCGACUGUUAGAUACAAAUCUUAGCAAAAUAGACGAUCAAUGUAAUGAUAAUAGAAAAGGUUAUUUAUGCUCAGAAUGCAUGCCAAACACUUCACUAGCAUUUGGAAGUGAAAAAUGUAAGAAAUGUAAUAAGUUUUUUACAUGGAUUGUAAUAUUUUUUAUGUUAGGCCCUUUUUUUGUGGUGCUGUGUUGCGCUAUUUUCCUGAAUGUUUGUAUUUAUGAAAGCUGGUUUAAUUCAACUAUCUAUUUCUAUCAGGUUUUGCAGUACAUUGACAGUGAAAUUGUUGACAAAAGUAAUUUAUUAACAUUUUUAGUUGGAUUAUUAAGUGUAAGUAAGUUUAAACAAGAUAUUUUUGAACUAUGUCUUAUAGAGAGUUGGAAUAAUCUUGAUAAGUUGGCACUUGAAUAUUUAAUCCCAGUUUCAAUGUUCUUAUCUUUAUUUAUACAAAGAAGCUGUUGUAACGUACUUAUACUGAAGUGGAGUAGCUGUUUUCACAAGAACAAACCUGAACAUCUUUUAAAAGUACUUCCAUUAAUUUUAAUAUUAACCUACGCCGAUCUGUUAAGAAUCUCUUUUUUACUUUUGCAACCUGUAGCUUCGUUAGGAAAUUAUCUUCCAUUUAUGUAUGCAUCUGUUUCCUACGGAACAAAAAGCCAUUUUCGGUAUUUACUUAUUGCAGUAAUAUUCUUAAUUAUAUUGGCUGUAUGCCCACUGAUAUUAAUUCGUCAGUUAAGAAUAAAUCGUACAUUUCAACCUGCUUUAAUUGACGCAUUUGGUGGCGAGUUUAAAAGUAAUGCAUUUCACCAAGGGUUUGCAUCAUUUUACUUUUUUGCCCGAAUUAUAAUUAUUGGCCUAGGCACAUUUUUAACAAACCAAUUGGAUAUGCAUACUGCAAUUACUUUGAUUUUAGUUAUUUUUCUGGUUGUUUUUACAUUUACAUUUCCAUUCAAAAACAAUACAAUAAAUUAUUUUGAUUCGUUUGUCCUAUUUUUACUUGCAUUGUUGGGCACUAUAAAGAUUGGAAAACUCAGCCUCCCAUUAAACAACGAGUUUUAUCAUUUAUUUGAAAAAAGACUUGAAAAAGCUACUUUUGUACUUUCAUUAUCACCGGCUAUUAUGGUUGUUUUUAGAUGCUCGUAUCUUGUUUACAAAUCAAGAUUUUGGACAAAUAUACCUUGUUUACGUUGCAAUAAUUUACAAGAAGAUAAAGCAUCUAAUGUAAUGCAAGAACAGUUAUUACCUGAUGAAAUACAAGUAGAAAUAGUACGUAGUGAAACGCAAGAAGAAAUAGUAACUAAUGAAAUGGAAGAAGAAAUAGUACCUAACGAAAUGCAAGAAGAAUAAGUACCUAAUGAAUACCAGGAAGAAAUAGUAAAUAAUGAAGUGGAAGAAGAAAUAGUAACUAAUAAAAACCACAUUUAAAAUUAACAUUAAAAUUAAAAAGAUUCUACUUAAUUAUUAUUUAUACUCGUAGAAAAUUUUUAAAACCAUAACAUUGUUAUAAAUAUAAUAUAUA